AUGGAGAAUCAAACUUCUGAUCAUGUAAUUGUGUUCAUGGAUCAUGAACAAAAUUGCAGUAAUGGCCAGUCCCUUGAAUCACAGCCAGCAGUUGCUCCCUACACAGUAGCAGAAACCAAGCCACCCCAGCCCCCUACAAGAGUUCAGUCCCUACGCCGUCUGAGUUUCUCAAAACCCAAAGCUCGAUUUCUUGAGUUUACACAUCCAGUCAACCAGAAAAUCAUAGCUGAAUCCAAUGAAUUCGAACCCUUGAAAGAAAACGAAAGUUUUCCAAGUGAUAGUGAUGAGGAAAGUGACGAAAAUGAUGAGGAAUUUGAUGAAGGAGAGGGAGGAACUGUGAAGAAAAAACUCCUGAAGAAGAAAUUCAAGAUCAACUGGAGGAUUUUGAUUGAGUGGAUAUUUUUUUGCAUCAUAACAACUUGUUUGAUAUGUUCCUUAACAAUUUCCUCUCUCAGGAACCAGCUCAAAUGUGGGCUUGAGCUAUGGAGAUGGUGCCUAAUGAUUCUUGUUAUUUUCAGUGGCCGCCUUGUCUCUGGAUGGAUAAUUCGAAUCAGUGCUUUCAUCAUCGAAAGAAACUUCAUGCUUCGCGAAAAGGUUCUUUACUUUGUCUAUGGACUCCGCAAGAGCAUCCAGAAUUGUGUUUGGUUAGGCCUUGUUCUCCUAGCGUGGACAAUUAUAUUCAGUUACAAGCUCCACAAGAAGAACAAAUUAUUGCAGAAAGUUUUCGAAGCCCUGGUGGCAGGACUCAUAGCUGCUACAAUUUGGCUCAUCAAAAUAGUAUUAGUGAAGAGUUUGGCCUCUUCGUUUCAUGUCACUACAUAUUUUGAUCGCAUGAAGGAGAGUGUUUUUCAUAACUAUGUUCUGGACAUACUUCUGGGGCCGCCCAUGGAUGAGGUGAAAUAUGAGGAAGAACACCACAAGGAUUUGAUGGUUUCGAAAUCGCUCCCAGCAAAGAUGAGGCCAGAAUCUCGGGCUUUUUCAAAAUCGAAGAGGGUGGGAACAAGGAGGAUAGAUAUUGAGAAGUUGAGGAAGCUGAGCACCCAGAGAACGGCUUCUGCAUGGAGUGUAAAGAGGUUGGCAAAUUAUAUCAGGUCAUUUGGGCUGUCUACUAUUUCUAAAACUGUUGAUGAGUUUGGAAGAGCCAAGGCCGAGAAUAUUACUAGUGAAUUGGAGGCAAGGUACUGUGCUAAUAAGAUCUUCAAGAAUGUAGCCAAACCAGGUGCCAAGUACAUUGAAGAAGAAGAUCUGAUGAGGUUCUUGAAAAGAGUUGAAAUCCACACUAUAUUGCCACUUUUUGAAGGUGCAUUGGAGACAGGCAAGAUCACUAAGUCUGCUUUCAGAAACUGGGUGGUUCGUGCUUAUCAUGAACGAAAAUCUCUUGCGUGUUCCCUGAAUGACACAAAGACAGCAGUUCAACAGCUUCACAAACUAGCAAGUGCAGUUGUAAGUGUGAUUAUUGUGGUGGUAUUCGUUUUGGAAAUGGGUUUGGCCUCAACAAAAGUAGUAGCUUUCAUUAUAACACAACUACUACUUCUGGGAUUUACUUUCCAAAACAUGUGCAAGACUAUUUUCGAGUCAAUUGUCUUCGUCUUCGUCAUGCAUCCAUUCGACAUCGGAGAUCGCUGUGUCAUUGAUGGUGUUCAGCUGAUUGUGGAAGAGAUGAAUAUACUGACAACCGUAUUCCUUCGAUAUGACAAUGAGAAAAUCUACUACCCUAAUGCUAUUCUGAUUACAAAACCAAUCAGCAACUUCUAUAGAAGCCCGGAAAUGUGCGAUGCAAUUGAUUUCACCAUCGAUCUCUCCACAUCGAUGGAGACAAUUAAUGCACUCAAGAAAGCCAUACAAAUGUACAUUGAGAGCAAGCCUAACUACUGGAACCCUAAACAUUCAGUGGUAGUGAAGGCAAUUGAGAAUGUGGAUAAAAUGAAAAUGGCUGUUUCUGUUCAACACACCAUUAACCAUCAGAAUUACGGUGAUAGAAAUGCCCGUAUAACAGAGCUUCUCCUCGAGUUGAAGAAGAUUUUCGAAAGUCUCAACAUUAACUAUCAUCUUCUCCCUCAAGAGGUUCACCUUACACAAUUCAACACGAACAAUUCGAGGAUGCCAUUGCAUUCAUGA